UCCCCAAUUCCCCAUUUACGCGGUCCUUUCAGUUCCCCAAACUAUCUCUCCUUUACGCUUUAAUCACAGAUUUUAACCCUGACAGUCACAGGAAUAGGUUUAAUGACUGUUGAUUGCUCAAAUUUUCACCGACUCCUUCCUUCCUUCCUUCCUUGCUUGUCCUACCUUUCACCGCAUAGCGGUGGAGAUACCUCUGGAAGAUAGAGGUUCUACGGUGACCUUGCUCACAGUUUUUAUUUCAAUUCAGGAGAAUGGAGUACAUUUUAGCGUUGCCUGCGCAGAAAGAAGGAAGUUUGGUUGAUGUAAAGAAGCCAAAGAUGAAGAAUGAAGAAGCUUCCAACAACAAAAAGAGGUUGAUGGAACAUGAUUUGCCAAAGAGUGGCAAUGAAAUGGGAGCUGCAAACACCAAAACCAAUAACGGGAAGAGAACGUCUAAAAAGCAUGAGAAAGAGAAAGUUCCAAAGAUUUAUCCGUACUUUCGGCACAACUAUGAGAAGAAGGGAGACAAUUGGGAAGAAAAUAAAGAUGAAAUUGCAACUGAAAAGAUCAAAUCCAAAAGGAAGAGAAGGCCCAAGAAGCAUGAGCCUGAAGGUGACUGUGAGGAGAAAAUUGAUCCCGAAUCAUGUUGUUAUGGCUCUGACAUUGGACUUGUUGAAGAUAUGCUGCUCGCAGAUGGAAAGAUUAAAUCCAAGGAAAGGAGGAAGAAGAAGAAGAAGAAGAAAGCAGUUCAGGAUAAGCUGUGGGAGAAUGGUGAUGAUGCUGAAACCAAAAAAUUCAUACUCAAGAAGCGUGAACCUGAAGGUGACAACAGAGAGAAGGCUGAUCCUGAGUUGUGUUGUUAUGGCUCUAACAUUGGAUUUGUUGAAGAUAUGCUGCUGGCAGAUGGAAAGAUUAAAUCUAAGCAAAAGAAGAAGAAAAAAGCAGUUCAAGAUAAGCUGUGGGAGAAUGGUGAUGAUACUGAAACCAGUAAAUUCAUACUCAAGAAGCGUGAGUCUCAAGGUGACAACAGGGAGAAGAUCGAUCCUGAGUCAUGUUGUUAUGACUGUAACAUUGAAUUUGUUGAAGAUAAGCUGCCGGCGGAUGGAAAGAUUAAAUCUAAGGAAAAGAAGAAUAAGAAAGUGGCUGAGGAUAACCUGUGGGAGAAUGGUGAUGACACUGAAAUCGAUAAAUUCAUACUCACGAAGUGUGAGCCUCAAGGUGGCAACGAGGAGAAGAUUCAUCCUGAAUCCUGUUGUGGCUGUGACAUUGGAUUUGCCGAAGAUAAACUGCUGGCAGAUGGAAAGAUUAAACCCAAGGAAAAGAAGAAGAAAAAGAAGAAAGUUCAGAAUAAGCUGUGGGAGAAUGGUGAUGACACUGAAAUCAGUAAAUUCAUACUCAAGAAGCGUGAGUCUCAAGGUGACAAUGUGGAGAAGAUUGAUCCUGAGUCAUGUUGUUAUGGCUGUCACAUUGAAUUUGUUGAAGAUAAGCUGCCGGCGGAUGGAAAGAUUAAAUCCAAGGAAAAGAAGAAGAAGAAAGCGGUUGAGGACGAGCUUUGGGAAAAUGGUGAUGAUGCUGAACCCAGUCUAUUAAAACUCAAGAAAACGGGACCUGAAGUUCAUAAACAUAAAGUUCAGGUUGGUGUUAGAUAUGUUUCACCUUAUUUUCAUAAUGAUAAUGCAAAGAAGAUAAAUUUUGAAUCAUUUGAUAAGGUGAAAGAAAAUGGAAAUGGAUCCAAAUCCAUCAGCAUUAUAUCCAAGAAGAGAAAAUCUAAUAGCCAGAAAACUGUUGAGGAGAGUGCCAAAGUUAGAAAGGUUUCUCCUUACUUUCAGAUUGACAAUGUGAAGAAGACCGUCGAAGUAGAUGCACUUGAUCAUGAAAAUGAAUUUGAUUCUGCUGCUUUAAUGGGUACUUGUGGAUACAUGGUGCAAGACAGGGAGGAAGAGAAUGGAGAUAACAUUGCAAUUGAAAAGAUUAAAUCCAAGUGCAAGGGAAGAUACAAGAAGCUUGAGCCUGUUGAGCAUGAUCCAGUUCAUAAGUUUUUGCCAUUCUUUCAAUGUGACAAUGAGAAGAAGGUUGAUGCUGAUUCACAUUUUGAGAUUGGAUCCAUUGCUUCACAAGGUAUUGGUAGUAGCUUCCUUAGAGAUAAGCUGCUGGAGGAUGAAAAUGAAAUGAAAAAUGGAACAAUUAAAUUCAAGAAGAAGAAAAAGAAGAACAAAGCCUUCACAAAUAAGCUGCAAGAAAAUGGAAAUGAUGCUGAAACUUGUAAUGUUAAACCCAGGAAGAUGGAAUCUGUGGUUCAGAAAAAUAUAGCCCAGGUUGGUGUUAGAUAUGUUUCCCCUUAUUUUCAUAAUGAUAGUGAGGAGAAGAUUAAAGGCAAACCAUUGGAUAUGGAAAGCAAAUCUGGAUCCAUUGCUUUACCCACCUUUGGAAAUUCCAUUGAGAAUAAACUGGACGGAAAUAAUAGUGGGGAGAAGAUUAAACAACACGGACUUGAUAGUCAUAUUGAUUCUGUUGUGGUUAGAUCUGCUUCUGGAGACUUUGAGGAACUGUAUGGGAAUGGAAAUGAAAUUGAAAUAAUUAAAGUUAAAUCCAAGAAGAGGCGAAAAUCCAAUAGUAAAAAAACUUCCAAGGAGCAUGACAAGGUUCGGAAGGUUUCUCCUUACUUUCAGAAUGACAAGGAGAAAACAGUUAAUGUAGAAGCGCUUGAUCGUGAAAAUGUUUUUGAUUCAGUUUCUUUAGUGGGUAAGUAUGGUGAUAAGGUUGCAUUUGAAAAAUUUAAAUUCCAAGGCAAGAAAACAUCUGCAAAGAACAAGAUAUUGGAGCAUGCUCAAAUUCAAAAGGUUUCUCCUUUCUUUCUAAGUAACAAAGGGAAGAAAGUUGAUGAUGGAUCAUGUUGUUAUGACAGUGAGAUUGGAUUCAGUGCUUUACCUGGUACCGGUGGUGGCUUCCUUGAAGAUAAGCUGCCAGAGGAUGGAAAUGCAAUUGAGAAGGCAAUGACUAAAUUGAAAAAGAAGAAAGUCAUUGCAAAUAAGCUGCAAGAGAAUGGAAAUGAUGCUGAAACUUUUAAUGUUAAACCCAAGAUGACAAAAUCUGUGGUUCAGGAAAAUAUAGUCCAGGUUGGUGUUAGAUAUGUCUCCCCUUAUUUUCACAAUGACAGUGGGAAGAAGUUUAAUGUUCAACCAUCGAAUAAGGAAAGCAAGUCUGAAUCCAUGGUUUUACCUACCUUUGGAAAUUUCGUGGAGGAUAAACUGGUGGAAAAUAAUGGAGGGAAAAAUGUUAAACAACAGUCAAUUGAAACUCAUGCUGAUUCUGUUGUGUUAACAGCUGCUUCUGGAAACUUCUCUGAGGAUGGACUGCAAAAAAUUAGAAAUGAAAUUGCAACCAUUAAAGUUAAAUCAAAGAAGAGAAAAUCUAAUAGCAGGAAAACAGCUGAGGAGCUUGCCAAGGUUCGGAAGGUUUCUCCUUACUUUCAGAACGACAAUGAGAAGACAGUUAAUGUAAAAGAACAUGACCAUGAAAGUGACCUUGAUUCUGUUGCUUUAAUGGGUACUUGUACUUUUGGAGGUAAAAUUCCAAUUGAAAAGUUUAGAUAUGAAGGCAAGAGAACUUCUAAAAAGGAUGAGACAGCUGGGCAUACUCAAAUUCAAAAAGUUUCUCCUUUCUUUGAAACUGACAAUGUGAAGAAGAUUGGUGCUGAAUCAAGUUGUACUGCUGGUAGGCUCCUUGAACAUAAGCUGCAAGAGGAUGGAAAUGUAACUGAAAAUGGAAUGAUUAAUGUCAAGAGGAAAGUCAUUUCAAAUAAACUGCAAGAGAAUGGAAAUAAUGCCACAACUAGUAAAGUUAAACCCAAGAAGAAAAAACCUCUAGUUCAGAAAAAUGGCCAUGGUAUUAGAUAUGUUUCCCCGUAUUUUUGUAAUGAUAGUGGUAAGAAGGUUAAUGUCAAACCUUUUGAUAAGGGAAGCACGUCUGAAUCCAUUGCUUUGCAUACCUGCAAAAACUUCGUAGAGGAUAAACUGGAGGAAAAUAAAUCUAAUUGCAGUAACAAAUCUAUUGAAAUUAAAAGAUUCCCUCCUGCUUCUGAGAAGUGGGAUGAGGCUUACAAAAGAAAAACACCUGAUAAUACAUGGAAGCCUCCACGGUCUGAGAUUGUUCUCAUUCAAGAGGAUCAUCUUCAUGACCCUUGGAGGGUGUUGGUUAUUUGUAUGCUUCUCAAUCGGACUGCUGGUGGCCAGACAAAAAAGGUUGUGUCAAACUUCUUCAAGUUAUGUCCAGAUGCAAAAUCUUGUACACAAGUUACAAGAGAGGAAAUAGAAAAGACAAUAAAGACUUUAGGUUUUCAGCACAAAAGGGCAGAAAUGCUACAGCGCCUCUCUGAGGAAUACUUGGAUGAAAGUUGGACUCAUGUAACACAACUGCAUGGUGUUGGCAAGUAUGCUGCCGAUGCAUAUGCUAUAUUUGUUACAGGAAUGUGGGACAGAGUGACACCUACAGAUCACAUGCUAAACUAUUAUUGGGAAUUCCUCCAUAGUAUCAAGCAUGAAUUGUGAAAGACUUGGGAUGAAAGAAUGAAACUUUUAAAUUAUUGUGUAUGUCUCCACACUUUGAGGGGAAAAUCCACACAGCAGUCUUUGCCAACUUUUUUUGCUUUGCUCUGUGUAUCUUUUUUUUGGUGUCAGUUAGAAGAGAGAUUUGCCCCUUUCUUUUUGGAACCACAAGUCUGAAUGUCCAAAUUCUAAUUGGAUCAAAUUGUUUUUCAUUUUAAAAUGUACAAAAUUCUGUUUCUUCAUCUGAGUAUAUGUGAGAUUGGGUGGUGAAAA